UGCGCCUCGCAUUCAGUGCUGCUCCCUGCAACGCGCUGAGUGCGGAGCGACGAGACGCGCUGCAUACCAACAGAGACGUACGGGAGCAGGCUAAUUACGGCUGAAGUGGCGACUUGCGACUUGUCAGGACGCACAGACCCCAUCCUGUUCUCUGACAAAAAUAUAUAUUUACUGUAUGCCAAGUCAUUGGAUAGUUUCAAUUUUACCUUUUCUUCCCAUUUUCAAAAAUAUUGUAUCUUUCCUUCAAGGCAUUGAGAGCCAAACUAAGUGUCUGGGAUAUUUGUUUUUUUGUGCUCUGAUAUCUUUCCGGUUAAGAGAUUCCACACAGGAGAAGACAAACCGCCCUCUCCGUCUCUCUCUCCGACUGGGGUCAUCAAGAGGAAAAGUCAAGUGGACAAGACUGAUGCUUUCGUCCAGUCACAUGUAGAACCGCUGGACUAUUGCUGUUGACAUCCACUGGGUCGUUUAUUAUACACAGCUUCCCCGCAACGGUACAAUUAAAGGAGGAAUACCAAGGCAUUUGGCUGCAAAACAAGCAGAAAAUCAAUCAGAACUCCAUCAUGGGCUGCCCCCUCUUGCGGAACGCGUUUGCUGGUUUGAUCGUGGUUCUACUGUCGAAAGGGUCCAGUGUGUGCGGAACAGAAUUCGGACACCUGCCGGACAACAUUACAGUGUUGGAAGGAGAAAGCGUCACUUUGAGAUGUCGGAUCGAUGAGGAGGUGACCCACAAGGCCUGGCUGAACCGCUCUAACAUCCUGUUCACGGGGACAGACAAGUGGUCACUGGACAAGCGUGUGACACUGGCCAAUAGUAACAACAGCGACUUCUCCAUCCACAUUGACAAGGUGCAAGUAACCGACGAGGGGCCCUACACUUGCACCUUCCAGGCCAAUAACAAGCCCCGCAUCGCCCAUGUCUACCUCAUUGUUCAAGUGCCGGCCAGAAUCGUCAACAUCUCAAAAAACGUGUCAGUGAACGAAGGAGAGAAUGUAAACCUCUUCUGUUUGGCAGUGGGUCGGCCUGAGCCCACCGUCACCUGGAAAGACCAGAAAUAUGGGUUAGUAAGUGAAGGGGAAUUCCUAGACAUCACAGAGAUCAAGAGGCAGCAGGCCGAGGACUACGAAUGCAUCACCAACAACGGAGUGGCUCCUCCCGAUCAGCGCAAGGUCAAGGUCACGGUCAACUACCCUCCCAUGAUCACAGACAUGAAAAACAUGCCAGCCCAUUUGGGUAAGACGGCCAUCUUGCGCUGUGAAGCCAUGGCAGUCCCACCAGCUGCCUUUGAGUGGUACAGAGAUGACCACAGGCCAGUAGAGAGUGACAACACCCUGAGGAUCAAAAACGAGAGGACGCGCUCGCUGUUGCUGUUCACCAACGUGACAGAGAAACACUUUGGGAACUACACCUGCUUUGCCUCAAACCGUCUGGGGGCUUCCAACGCCAGCAUGCUGCUGUUUCGACCGGGGGCCAUACAGGGGCGAGGGACCGGUUUACAUGCAGGAAUGAGUGUCAGCCUGUGUUUUUGUUCCCUCUCUACCGUUCUUCUGAUGAAGGUGUAAGGACCGAGCUCCACCUGGAAUUGUCCCUAGACGUCCCUGAAAGCCCUGUCUGCCCCUCCCUCCCUCUCUUCCCCUUUACGGAAGGAAGAAGGGAAUUAAAUUCUUUAAUUACAAACCCAUCACUGUGAACAAAAAGAAUAUGCAUUAAUCCAGGAGCCAUUGAAUCAUUGCAUAAAACCCACAGCCACAUCACACCCCACCCCCCAAAACCCCAGCACCCUCAAUUCAAUUUCGAGGUCAAAUCAUUGUCAUCAACUCUUCCUUCCUCUCUUACACACAGUCUGUCUCCCAGAAUACCUUGCAGAUGAUGCAGUCUGACUUGGUACUUCCCUCUUCACCUUGUUUUCCCCUCAUUAUUACCAUUGGGCUAAUAUUGAUAGAGUGUACAUUAAAGAUUAUUGUGUCAGUGAUCAAUGAGAAAAUAGAUAAUCUAACAACUGGAUGAUCAUUUAUGUAAUAUACUACAUAGACUAAUGACUGACCUACAAUGUUUGCCUUAUGAAAAUGAUAGAUAAGAUCACAAUAUUAUGGUGGAUAUUUAUGGAAACUAUAGUUAUAAUGUGGCAUUGACGGUCAUGUGACCUUUUGAAAAUUGUCCAAUUGGUGGCCAUGUGAAGUGUCACUCUUUGAUCACACACACACACGCACACACACACACACACACACACACACAUACACAUAUGGCUUUUUGAUUUUAACUGUGUAGCAGUGAAGCUGCUAUGAAUGAUGUCAAAAUGUAUAAAAAAGGGUGGGUGGUGAUGGCGUCAGUCUCAACUACCCCUUUAUGUAAUUCGGGGGGUUUAUACCAAGGUUUCGCAUGUAGACCCCCUCACUACCCAAACCUUUUUUAGCCUCCCCACCCUGCGCCUCUGUUCAAUGUGCUCUGUCUAGUCGACCUUCGCAUCGCUAUAGUGUUCUCUGCUCCGUGUCACCCCCUACCCCCGUCUUCCUCCCCAGUGUAAAUAUAUGCAGUACAGAGGCCACGUCGGCGACCUCAAGUUGCUUGGCGCCCAACGACAUCUCACAUCAGCCUCGACUACGCUCCAGUUUUCUGAAGCAGCAAGAGACUGUCCAGGGACAACAAUAUCUUCUGUUUCAAAGCUGUGGCUCCAUCCUCUUUGUCGCUUGUUGAUAGCAUGUACCGGUUAGAGAUGUUCCUGUUGUGAGUCCAUUCUCCCUACCCUACCUCCCCUCCCUCCCUGCACUGUGUCUGUUCCUCUGCAAGGUUACCUGCUUUUACUUUUUUGGUGUUAAUAAUAGUACAGAUGAUGAUGAUGUUAAUAAGUAUUUGAAUAACAAUGAAUAGUAAUUCCAUGUGAGAAAAAAAACAAAAGCUGAUGGUAAUGAGCCGUGCGUGGGAAAAUAAUUUUUGUACUUUACUCUGAGAAGUCACACACAUUGAACGACUACAAUGAAAAACAAACAAAAAAAACAUGUAAAGUUUUCGAAGUGAUGUGCUCUAUUUUGCCAUGACAAGCUUUUUAAAAACGCAUUUGAAACAGUCUGAGGGAUUAUUUCAGAAGCAGUGAAUGAUGAUGUAAUUUAUAAUUUGUAACAGUUUAUGUAUUGGACUCUUUUCGUCAUGCUGUUAACUGCAUCAUGCACACAUUUACAGCAUAUUUGUUCACUUAUCAUAGUGUGUCUCUCUCCGAUCAGCUAGAUAAAUGAUUUGGAUCCAUGUCAGUUGUGGCUAUAAGUCGGUUCUUGUUCAUCCAGACCGCAGGGAGAUAAAGAUGUAAUUAGCCAUUACCUGUGGCUGGCUAAGUGGAGGAGCCUGGGCUCCACCUGUCCCUCCUGCCAGCCAGUGAUGGCCCCCAUAAAUCAAGCUCAAUCCUGCCACUGACAGGAAUCCUCUUCAAGGACAACCCCGCUUUGGUGCGCCAGUCCUCCCUCCAAUGUGUACCUGCGACAUGCAGGCAUGGGCACUACAAAACCCCCAUGGCACAAUUAUCCAUCCAGUUCCCCGCACAGCACAAACAGUGGGAGGUAAGCCCAUAUUUCAAUACGGUGGCACUAGUUUCUCCGCUGAAACACUGUCCAUUCACAUGCAGCGACUAUAUGCAAAUUUGCCAUAACAAGCCUGCACGGAGAGAUGAGUUUGCCCCGGCUGAACCCUGACUACAGCGACCUUAAAGGGGAAUUACCCAGUAUUGAAUCAAUUGUCUGAAUGUGUUAUGUUUGAUUUUGUUUCAAACCAGCAAUAACCCCUAACUCUACUGUGCAAGAGGUGUCAGAUAUGGUUAAAGCUGAGGUGUAAUAUCUGAAAAGUUUCCAUUAACAAGGUAUAUCAAAUAGGUCUGUUGUUGUACUUUUACUGUGUACAGUACUCUGAAAUGAUUGUGAAGCUCUGUUUAAAUGGCCCUUAAUCUAAAACACUACAUGUUGUACUCAAAAAGUCUCUCUGCUGUGUAGUCGGGUUGUAUGUCUGACAGAACACACACUGUUUGUGCAUGCAUCUUGUUGCUCCAAAAAUAAUAACUGAUUACAUUUCAAGCACAAGAGCAUGUCAUUUGGUCAGUGCUUCGUUUUUUCUGUCUCAUUCACGUUUUCGUCCCCUCACUCUCUCAGUCUUUCAUGUUGUUUUUCUUUCUUUCUUCUUGUUUUUUUUCUCACGUACUGUUCCAUGUCAGCAUCCCACUGGAUUUGUCAGUGGCAUGAAACAUCUGUAUGUACAUAAACUGUCCUUGAUGAAGAAAAAGAACAAAAAACUACAGAAAACAUCAACAAAAAAAAUAACAUGGACAAAAAAUAACAUAUUGUCAUGUUUGUCAAUGUGGGUUUGAAAAAAGCACGUCAAUGUUCGUGUAUGGGUGGAUUUUGAAAAAAAAACAAGCUAACAUUGUAUGUUGUGUUCAGGUUUAUGGGUAAAGGGUCCAGAUGGAGGGUUAUUCGGGCAAUAUCACUUGAAACCAUGGAGUGGUCAUAAACAAAAUGUGAGCUUUUGUACCAACAAACAGCAAAAGAACAUGUUUUCAUGAGUCAUGAUGUAUGUAAAUGAGUCACACUUCUGGUGCGAGAGAGGAGGACUGGAGAGGGUGUGGGCAAGGAGGCAGCAGAUCCCCUGGGUGCACAAUUGGAGGGUAGAUGAGGAUACUUUUCAGAGAGCACCCAGCUCGACGGGUCUGUGGGAGGAUACCCUGACAAAGCAAAUCCAAAAGCUGAGAGCCAGAGGGAGAUGGGAUGACACUAACCAGACAGUGAACUCUCCAUUUAGGGGAAGAAGACAGACAGGCGCUCAUAUUGCAUUUCCAAGCUCGGGUGCUGUGGUCUUUCCCAUGGGAAGGUGUACCACACACUAUUUAUGGUUGUGCUAUGUAAUAUGAAUAGCAUUAACAUAGCCUUGAUCACAAACACAGCCUGGCCUACUUCAAGUGUAUAAAUAACACCCCGACUGGGGUUCAAUGAGUUUACAGUGAUAUAAACAAGACGUUUGCUCGGCCCCUAAUUACAUUUGGCGCACCCUGAUGAGAAAGUGUUGAUUGGCUCCUGCAGCUGAAGGUUAUGAUGAUCUGUUUACAGAACCGUUGUUAAUAAGUUGCCAUGAAGUUGUUUUUUAGAGCUCACAAAACAAGGCAUAGUAGUAGUUCAGACUACAUAGCAUUGUAUUGCACUUGUACUUUGUAUGGCACAUGUACUUUUGUUUGUUUUUUGUUGAUGCUAAGAUUUAAUCAGUGCACAUGUUGUGGCUGGAAAAGGAGUUUAAGUUGUACAGUUGUAAAUGAAAAGCACUUUUUUGUCAGUGCGGUGUUAUGACAUGGAUUUUAGGAAUAGGGUUUGUAAAAUACUUUGAAAUACAUUAAACCGUUUCGGAGGACAGUGCCUUUCCUGAGAAGAGUCAGGUAAUGAAGCUCUUUAGUGCUCUUCAGAUAUGGUACAUCGUUUCUGAACUAAUGCAGUGAUAUAUUCAAAUAAUUACGAGGCUUUAAAGCCAAGACUAUAGAAUAGUAAAAGAAGUGAAAGCCUGUGUAAGGUUAGAAUGUACUGCUUCCUUGUUCUAUAUGCGGUAGACUCAGGUUGGAGCCUUUCUUACAACACCCACCCUACAUAGAACAGAUCCUGUACAGACUAUCAAUUCAGAAUGCAAUGGUUAAUCAAUACAUUUGACUGAAUGGCUUUGGAAUAGAGCAAUUUAUCCCCGGCCUGCCUUACCAGGUCCCCAGAAGCUGAAUUGAUCAAGUGUCUAUAGACCAGCCUCAGAACAGAGAGCAUAAUUCAUCAUGCCUGAUACAAGACACCCCUAAUUGUGCAUCGAUUUUAAGCCCUUCUCUGAAACUAUUUGGGCAAGCUGUAAUGUCAGCUCAGUAAACUAUGUGUUCAGAGCUCCAGUUCAGAUCCAGGGAAUGAAGAAUUAAUAAUUAGUUGUUGUUUUUUCUCAAGUCAGUCACGGCUGGUAUUUGUUGUUUGUUUUUCUAUAUAAUAUAGUAUUAACCAUACAUGCUCCCUGGGCAUUUACACUGAAUGUACAAUUUGGUAGGUGCUGCAGUGUUACAUUAUAUUUUAUUAGUACUGUGUAUAUAGAGGCAGAUGUCUGGUAGUGAUGUUAUGUUCGAGAACGAUACAAUUCUUUUCAACGGCUCUUUGGAGUCCUACUUGGUGAUAGCAGUUAUUUUUAUCAUUGUGCCUGCCCUAAAUCUACUCCCCAUGAACAGUGUACCAGUAGCAACUACCACUGUAGUCACAAACUGUCUGUGACUCACGGGGCGAUAGUGGGUCCACUUGAUUACUAUCCCAGCAUACUCUGGUGCUACAUCAGCUGGGUGAAGUUAAAAAGUUUUCCAAUAUUAAGUGUUGCAUGAAUUGCAUUCAAAGCAAGGCAACUUUAUUUACAACAACUGACAAAGGAGAGGGAUAUGGCAUCACUUUGUGUAAUGUUUACAAUGCAGAUCCAAAUCCUUACCUUGUCAUUAUCCUAGUGAUUAUUUCUCAGAUAAACCUAGUAACCCCCGCUCCCUAAAAAAAAGAGAACGAUGAGCCGUUCUUUUUAAUGGCUCAUCAACCAUACGAUCAGGCUCCCUUCAAAGAGCCAUAACUAAUGUCUGGAUGUAAAAUACACAGACAUAAGGUGUGAGUGUUUGAUACAAUAGUAAGAAAUUAUUUGCAACAGAUUAUAACUUUGCAGACGUUGCAGGUCCAGAGUAUACCAAUAGGAUAUGCAACGCAGAGUGACAAUUAUAUAUGAAUGAUUAUUAUUGUUCUAAAUCCACUGCUAAUAUACUUUACAGCAAAGCACGCCUAAUUCCUAUAUAUUAUCCUAAUUAUCCAUUGUUUACCAACUAUCUACAGGCUCAUUCAGAUCUCAUGGGCAAAGUCAAUGUGGCAAGUCUAUUAAGGCCCAGUACUUUUCCAUUACCACAGCUAAUGAGUGCAUUAGUAUACAAAAUGCUAGAUGGGAGGAUGACAAGGAAAGUCUCCAUAACAGACAGCACAAGCACACUUAAGGCGUAUGAAAUGGUAUAAGUUAUUGUUCAAGUCACCAGACAGAUGUAAUUUUAGAUUAGGAUUAGUGUUCUGCUUACGAACGAUAGAUAGAUAGAUAGAUAGAUAGAUAGAUAGAUAGAUAGAUAGAUAGAUAGAUAGAUAGAUAGAUAGAUAGAUAGAUAGAUAGAUAGAUAGAUAGAUAGAUAGAUAGAUAGAUAGAUAGAUAGAUAGAUAGAUAGAUAGAUAGAUAGAUAGAUAGAUAGAUAGAUAGAUAGAUAGAUAGAUAGAUAGAUAGAUAGAUAGAUAGAUAGAUAGAUAGAAAAAGUGUUUAGUGUUAGUAAUUAGCUGAGAGUAGUUAAAUAGAAUCCUUAUGCACCUUAUCCAUAUCAUUCAUUUAGGUCUUAUAUUUAAAACCUCAGCUUGCAGCAAUGAUGUUGGGCCACAGAGCUGCCAGCCUCGCCCUCUUCCUCACUGCAACCACAGAUGGCGUCUUGUCAAUCACUCACCUCUCUAAGAGCAGGAG